AUGGCCAUCGUCGGGCUCGCCAUUAAUGUGUUUUCGACGUUGUUCGAGGCAUCACUACAUUUGCUCGUGCCGGAAUUGUUCGUCCCGCCAAUGUGUUUCCAAUUUCAUGGGCCAAUCGGCUACCUGGGUCCCAAGAUUUUGACGAUGCUUGGUGGUGCUUUGUUGUUGUUGGUCAUCACUGGGAUCGCCCUGUGCUUUGUCUAUCGUCACCGACAGGUUCUACCCCUUGGGCACUGGGCGAGACUGCCCCGUCGUGUUUGGGCACUUUUCUUUGCGGUCCACUACGUGAUCUGUGCCGCUGCCAUGUGCACGGUGUUAUCCUUCACGGCAUUUAGCCGCGACAUGAACGGCCCAGGGAUGAAACUUGUUCUGAAGCAGUACCCGAACUGGCAAUUCCUGACAAAACUACCCGAUCUAUGGAUAGGGGACGCUACAGCCGACGGUUACGCUUCAGCGUCCUUUCCGGCGGGUGUCGCCUGGGGUAUGCAGAUCUGCGCGACGGCAAUUAGCUUUUUGACAAUGCUGAUUGUCCCACUUCUGACGUUGAUGAUCCCCUGGACGGGGGCUGGAGUGAUUAUUUUCCUAGACCUUGAAGUCUCACUAGCAAUUCUCCGAUUGCUCUUCUUUUUUAAUGGAUGUCACGCCACCGUAUCGUCCAUAGAGAUAGUUUAUCUGACUAAACCAUAUCGGCAAUUCGUCACAAGACUAUUCAGCUUCAAAAGUAUGGCGCAUGCAGGCAACGUGCUCUUCGUGGGUCCAUCAUCUACAUCGUUGAAUCGC